AAACAAAACCCCCAAUAACCUAAAAAUGGGGGUUUUUGCAGCUCAGUGAAUAUCAAAGACAGGAACUUGUUUUCGCUUUUCCUCAAAUUAUUCUUCUGCAUAAAAUUUCUCUUUUGAUAACAACAGGAGCAGCUUUCCAUAGUCAGUUUCAAAAUGGACAUUGAAUACCCAGUUUGGGAUUUAGAGCCUGAGGUAAGUGAUGAAGAGGGGAUGGAGGAAGAGGAGGAAGGAAGUGGAAGGAUGUCGAAGAAGUCUUGUAAAGUAGUUGCUAAAGAGCAUAAAGACCAGUUGCAGAGACUUAAGGAAAAGGAUCCUGAUUUUUUGAAGUACUUAGAAGAGCAUGACAAGGAGCUUCUAGAAUUUGAUGAUGAAGAUUUUGAGGAGGAUGGUGAUGCAGAUGUGGGGGAUGGAGACAUGCUAGUAGAUGAGGAAGGCAGGGACCAUGAUAUUGCAAAGGAGGACGAGAAACCAUCCGAUAAUGUUAUUACUUCUGCAACGGUUGAGUCCUGGUGUAAUUCUGUCCGAGAAAGUGGAAAAAUGAGUGCUGUUCGUUCACUCUUGAAAGCUUUCAGAAUUGCAUGCCACUAUGGUGAUGAUGAAGCUGGUGAUUCUUCAGCGAAGUAUAGUAUUAUGUCUAGCAGUGUAUUCAAUAAAGUGAUGUUAUUUGUAUUGAGUGAAAUGGAUGGAAUCCUUCGUAAUGUCUUGGGCCUUCCUGCUUAUGGUGGGAAGAAAGAACCUGUAAAUGAUCUUCUGCACACAAAAAAAUGGAUGAACUAUAACCACCUGGCAAAGUCUUAUCUUGGAAAUGCCCUAUAUGUUUUGAACCUAAUCACUGACACGCAGAUGAUAUCAUUUACUUUAAGCCGUCUCGAAUUUUCAUCUGUGCUUUUAGUUGCCUUUCCAGCUCUCUUACGGAAAUAUAUUAAGUUCUUAUGAGUGGGAACCACCCUACCUUGGUUUACAGGGCUAAACCUUCCAAGGAGGAGAAGAAAAAGAAGAAGAGAAAAGCAGAGCACCAGGAAGAGGUAGCUUUGGAUGAAGAUGUCAUGGAGGACCUGGUACUCAGUUCUGACGAAGAUGGAUCAGUGGAUGACUCUUCUUCCGAUGAAGACGAGAGUCCAAAAUCAAUGCCUGGUAAACCACAGAGUAAUAAGAAGAAACGUUCUUCUACAAACUCGCCAAAGAAGAAAUCUCAUCCGAACAAGCCAAAGAUGAAAUCUUCAGCAAGUGAUGCCGCUUCCAAAGGUAAGGUUGACAGUGCAAAAUCUACACCUUCUAAACAGCAUAGAAAGAAGCAAAAAGCCCCUGAGAACUUGUCAAAUAAGGAUGUACCAUCUCAUGCAAAGAAGUUUAAGAAGAGGAAGACAAGUAAUUGAUGAAGCAUGGGAAAUUAUUGACGACAGUUUUCUCAUUUUUCUUUCCCCACUAUAGCCAAUCUUGCUGAAAUUGCUCGGAAAAAUGUUCGAUAGGAAAUUUUGGUUGGUAAAUA